AGGCAACCUGCUGUUUGUGAGACACAAACAGUCAGCGGGGCCGAGGACGGACCGGCGCACCCGAAUUCGGGUACUGGCUUCCGAUAACCCCGCACCGUCCCCGUUGCACUGUCUGUUCAUCCGGAACUCCGGACAUCCGAUGAGUGUGGGCGUUGGCUUCAAUUCUCACCUUGAAUAACAUCCUGCUGUUGCAUUUGACUGAAGACACGUAGUUGGAUUCGGGGAUUUGACGGAGGAGCACAUCUAAGAGCGGUUAAUAUAGCAAAAUCAUUCCCAUUCUUACACUCUGUCGGUCUGUCGUUGCUAGUUGACUUCAACAUGGCCGGGGAUCAGGGACAGGCAGCGGCAUCAGCGCCGGUGCCGCGGAAGCUCUGGGAACACCCCGACCCAGAAUCCACCCUCAUGUACCGCUUCAUGCAGGACCUCAACCGCAAGCAUGGCCUGAAUCUCAAGACCUUCUGGGACCUGCACACCUACGCCGUCAACAACCGGUCCGCCUUCUGGGCCGCCGUCUUCGCCGCAUCGGGGUACAUCCACCAGGGCCAGCCCAGGGCCGUGGUAGACGACGAGACAGCCCCCAUCGAUGCCGUGCCGAAAUGGUUUCCCGGCGUGGCGCUCAACUUCGCCGAGAAUGUGCUCUUUUCCCCUCGUCCCCCUGGUGGCGAUGGUGAUAACUCGGAAGAACGCCGCUGCACGACGGGCAAAGAGGACGGCAAGAUCGCAAUCACCGAGGUCCGUGAGGGCGCCAGCCAGGUCCGGCACGUCACGUACGGCGAGCUGCGCGCAGAGGCAGGGAGGCUGGCCCGGGCCAUGCGCGCAAGGGGGUUAACCAAGGGGGAUAGGAUUGUUGUGGUGGGCGCAAACAGCGUCGACACGUUCCUCGUCUGGAUGGCCGCUGCCUGGAUCGGUGCGGUGUUUACGAGUAGUUCGACGGAUAUGGGCGUUAAAGGGAUCCUGCAACGCACGGUGCAGGUUGAUCCGAAGCUGGUUUUCAUGGACGACGCGGCGCUGUAUAAUGGCAAGGUGGUUGACUUGAGGGGGAAGAUGGCUGAGGUUGUGGACGGUUUAAAGGGGUGCCUGAGUUUCGCUGGUGCGGUGGCUAUCAGGAGGUUCGACGAGGCCAAGGACGUGUCGAAGAUCCCCAAAACGGAGACAUGGGAGUCGUUUGUUGCUGCUGCGGGUGAAGGGGGUUCGCCUGCACCAGAGUUUGUCCGCAUCGGAUUUCACGAACCCUUUCUCAUAUGCUACUCGUCUGGCACCACGGGCGUGCCCAAGGCAAUUGUCCACUCCAUCGGCGGCGUCAUGAUCAACUACUACAAAGAGGGCCGCCUCCACGAAGGCCUCGGCCCGGACAGCGUCACGCUUCAAUAUACCACGACCGGCUGGAUCAUGUACCUUGCCAACGUCGGCGCCCUCCUGUUUGGCGGCCGCUCGAUAUUCUACGACGGCUCGCCGUUCCAACCCGACCCCAGCAUCCUCAUCCGCGUUGCCGCAGAACACGGCGCCACCAAGCUAGGCAUAUCCCCCCGGUGGAUGUUUGAAGUCUCCAAAGCCGGCCUCCGUCCGCGCGAGAUGGUCGAUCUCUCCCGCCUACGGACUGUCACAUCCACCGGCAUGGUGCUCUCUGAGCAGCUCUUUGAAUGGUUUUACGAGGUUGGCUUCCCCGGGCACGUGCACCUCGCCAACAUCUCUGGCGGCACCGACAUUGCCGGCUGCUUCGGCUGCAUGAACCCGCUUACGCCCGUAUACGUCGGCGGUACGCAGGGCCCGUCGUUGGGGGUCAACGUCGCCAUCUACGACUCGACGCUGCCCGACGGCUCAGACGGCAAAGAAGUGCCCCAUGGCACCCCAGGCGAGCUGGUCGCCACGGCCGCGUUUCCCAACAUGCCCUGCUUCUUCUGGGGCGACAGCAUGACGCCGGGGGCCCGCGCCGCGCCGCCGGGAUCAAAGUACCACGGCGCCUACUUUGCCCGAUUCAAGCACGUAUGGACGCACGGCGACUUCUGUGUGAUACACCCCGUGACGGGGAACAUCACAUUCCUUGGGCGGGCUGACGGUGUGCUCAAUCCGUCUGGGGUGCGGUUCGGGUCGGCCGAGAUCUAUUCGGUGAUUGAAAGGUAUUUUGCGGAUCGUGUGCAGGAUUCGCUCUGCGUCGGGCAGCGGCGGCCUCAGGACAGCGACGAGUCGGUGAUGCUCUUCCUGCUGAUGAAGCCCGGGAUGAGGUUUGACCGUCGGCUGGCGAACGAGGUGAAGGCGGCCAUUGCUCGCGAUCUGAGUAAGAGGCAUGUGCCGAAGUGGGUUUUCGAGACGCCCGAGAUUCCGACAACUGUCAAUCUCAAAAAGGUCGAACUGCCCGUUAAGCAGAUCGUGUCGGGGCAAACUAUCAAGCCAAGCGGCACGUUAGCAAAUCCUCAGAGUCUCGAGUAUUAUUACCAGUUUGCAAAGGUGGAGGAGCUGGUCGGGCCCAAAGAGAAACUGUAGACGUCGCCGUCAUUUCUUCGGCGAACGGGGAGGGCUGGAUCACAACGGCUGGGAUUCACUGUGUUUGCAAUGCGUUCACUUGAUGUCUAGAAUUAAUCUUAAUAGUGAAGUAGUAGAUUC